CAUUUGGGAGAAAUUUCAAUUAUUAUUUUUUAGUCUAAAAAAUUAUAUCACUUUGAAGAUACAUAAAGCUUUAUAACUCCACAUUAUUCUUCAAAGGUACCAUCACUUAAUUUCUACAUGGAGCUAAAACUACUUUCUUUCCCAAUUCUCUUCUCUUUAUUAUUAGUUUUUGUGUUCAUAAGCAUUGUUUCCAAAAGAACUCAAACAAAAAACUCAGCUUCAAAACUACCCCCAAGACCAUGGACACUACCAUUGGUGGGAAAUUUGCACCAACUUUUAGGUUCUUUACCUCAUCAUUCCCUCACAAACUUAGCCAAAAAAUAUGGACCAUUCAUGUACCUCAAAAUCGGACAAAUUCCAACCAUAGUAGUUUCAUCACCAGAGUAUGCUAAAGAGAUCUUGAGAACACAUGAUAUCAUCUUUGCGAAUCGUCCCCGAACUCUCGCUUCUCAGAUUUUGUUUUAUGAAGGUAAGAGCAUCAUAUUUGCUCCACAUGGUGAGUAUUGGAGACAACUUAGAAGGAUUUGUAUGCAAGAGCUUUUGAGCCCAUCAAGAAUUCAUUCUUUUCAACCCAUUAGAGAAGAAGAGAUGUUUAACAUGAUUGAUCAAUUGAUAGCUUCUUCAAAAGUUGGCUCAUCUAUUAAUCUUACUCGAAUGGUCAAAUCUUUGACCUAUGGAAUCACAGCUAGGGUAGCCUUUGGCAAGAAAAGUAGUGACCAUGAAGAGUUCUUAUCACUUGUUGAGGAAUUUUUGAAGUCAAUUAGUGGCUUUGAAUUUUCAGAUGUGUUUCCUUCAUUGGGUUUUCUUGAUUGGAACCCUAGGGCUAAAUAUGAGAGCCUUAAACUAAGGGCUUCAAGAAUAAUGGAAAAUAUCAUCAAGGAACACACCCAUCAUGAUGAAGAGAAGGAAAAGUCAAGUGGAGAAGGGGAAGACUUUGUUGAUGUUCUUUUGAAGUUUCAUAAUAACAAUGGAGAUGUUGGGUUCACCUUAACAAGUGACAAUAUUAAAGCAAUAAUCUUUGAUAUCUUUCUAGGUGGGAGUGAAACAUCAGCUAUAACUGUCGAUUGGGCUAUGGUUGAAAUGAUGAGAAAUCCAAGAGUGAUGAAAAAGGCACAAGAUGAGGUGAGAAAAAUCUUUGGAAAGAAAGGGUUAGUAAAUAUUGAAACAUCAAUAAAUGAGAUGAAAUACUUAAAAUCCAUUGUUAAAGAAACUCUAAGGUUACAUCCUCCAGCUCCUUUAUUACUUCCAAGGGAAAAUAGAGAAAAAGGUUGCAUUAUUAAUGGUUAUGAAAUACCAAUGAAAACCAAAGUUAUAAUAAAUAUUUGGGCGAUUGGAAGAGAUCAAAAAUAUUGGAUUGAACCUGAGAAUUUCAUGCCAGAAAGAUUUGUCGAUUGCUCUGUAGAUUUUAAGGGCAACAAUUUCGAGUUUCUCCCAUUUGGCGGUGGAAGGAGAAUAUGUCCAGGCAUGUCAUAUGGUGUCAUCAAUGUUGAGUUUAUUCUUGCAUUGUUGUUAUACUACUUUGAUUGGAAAUUGCCUAAUAAAAUGAAAUAUGAAGAUUUGGACAUGAAGGAGUUGUUUGGCAGUGUAGUUAGUAGAAAAGAUAAUUUGUACUUGGUUCCAACCACUUAUGUGCCAUUAUAAUAUAAUCUGUUUAGUUCAA